AUGGAGGCGACGAAGAGAUUGAGACGGAGAGGAAAUGACGGCGGAGAAGUAAAGACCAACGACGAAGCUUCACCGGAAUUUUCCGACUUUCCUCCAGAGAUCAUCACUGAGAUUCUUCUUCGAUUACCAGCCAAAUCUAUCGGACGAUUCAGGUGCGUUUCAAAGCAAUUUUGCUCUCUAUCGUCAGAUCUAAGGUUCGUGAAGAGACACACUGAAAGAAAUGCCGGAAAUCGAAAGCUACUCGUAUCUUCACGUAAUCUAUACACAGUGGAGUUAGAUUCGAUCGGUGAAGGAAUUAGGGUUUUAGCUGCAGUCGAGCUCAACUACCCACUCAAAGACGAGCCUGGUUACUUAGCUGAAAAGAUUAGGAAUUAUGCGAGAGAGCGUGGUGGACUCGAGCUGAAUCUGAAUUUGCAAUUGCUUAGAAGAAACAGAGUUGAGAUCAUCGGAUCUUCGAACGGGUUAGUGUGUAUCUAUCCGGAGAAAGGUGGUGCCUUUUUGUUUAACCCAACCACCGGAGAAUCGAAGAAAGUACCGGAAUCUCUGAGCUAUAAAGGAGAACCUUAUGGGUUUGGUUUCGAUACUCUGUCUGAUGAUUACAAAGUGGUUAAGUUUGUUGCUACUAGUGACAACAAAGGCUAUCACAAUGCUGAUGUUUACUCUUUGCAAAGAGACUCGUGGAGGCGGAUUGAUGGUCUUCGUUAUAAGCCCGUCUAUUCCACUUUGGGUGUGCGUUUGAACGGUGCGAUCCACUGGGUUGUUAAACUCGAAAAGGGUCAAAGCCAGAAGCGAGUUGUGGUGGCUGCAUUUGAUCUUAAGACAGAAAAGUUCAGAGAUAUUCAAUUGCCUGACGAUGCUGGUGAUUAUAAGUACCUUCAGGUUGCUAAUCUUAAGGGACAUCUUUGUUUGGUUUUCUGCGACCUUGGGAAGCAAGUCGUUAUAUGGGUGAUGAAUGAGUAUGGCGUCGAGAGAUCAUGGAGCAAGAUUCAGCUCGACAUGUUCUAUAGUUCCAUGACACCACUUUGGUCCUCCACCAAGAAUGAUGAGGAGGUACUUCUAGAGCUUGAGGGAAAUUUGGUCUUGUACAACUUCGAGAGCAAAACGAGGUGGAACCUGAAAAUCAAUUGUGACAUCCGCAGUACCUUUAUGGCCAAUACCUAUGUCGAGAGCCUCAUAUCACCCAACUCGUAUGGUAAUAAUGGUAUAGAAAUCUGA